UGCCAAUUUGACAGUUGACAGUAGUACGUUAUAUUAAGAAAGAAAUAUUUCUCAUUUCCCUUGUAAUCUAUUUUUAUAUACAUUACUAUACUUUUAAUUUGAAUCCAAUGAGUUUGUGUUAGAUGUGCGAUCGAUAUCUAAGUAUACGGAAAUGGUUAACUCUAGUUUGGCUUAUGAAAUACUGUUGUACAUCAAUUCAUUCUAUUUCGGGCUAUUCGCUACAUGUGAAUUAGGCACACUUAUUCUGAAAUCUGUAUUGAUUAUAGAGAAAUAUGAUGUUGAGAAGGACCCAACGAAACUGGGCCGUGAUUACGGUGUGUUGGUUGGUCUUUUUGUUGUCGAGGCGCUUAGACUUUUGAUAGGAAGAAAAGGCAGUCUUAGUGAAAGAGAUAUACCGGUAAUGUUCUCGGUACUGCUGACCGUGCCAUCAAUAAUGGGUGUCCUAUAUCUCCUAGUGUUUCAAGUUGUGGUGCUGAGGAUAGAGUACAUCUGGUGUACUCUGAUGCUGUGCCUCCAAACAUUAGAGUUUGUAUUUGCGUCCAUGUUUAUAGUCACAAUGUGUAGGGAACCGUCUUACGAUUAAGUAUUUUGAUACUAUUGUAGACUGUGUUGAAAAGUUUUUAUAUUAUAUUGUAGAAAAUGACCUCUUGCAAUUGGUAAAAUUGUUAAACUAUGCAGCUAAAGAAAAAACUAAAAGCUACUUAAUUCCAGGUGAAUUAGAAUAAUAAAUAGUUUGAAGUUUCUUAUUGAAUAUAGAUAUUAUGAUCAGACAGUUCAGUUUUAAAUAUCUUCCUUGUGAAAAUCACUUACCCCCUUAUUAUGAGAUACAACAAUAUUAGCCAAUCAAUGGCCCUAUGACUAUGCACUGCAAAAGCUGCCAUGCCGUCAGCACUGAAAAACAGACUAGUUAUCACAGCUUUGCUAUGUCCUUAGAUAAAAAACGUCUAUGAAUAUGGGGGUUAAAGUGUAUAAAUUACAAUUGUACUGGUGUGAGUAAAAAUGAUUUGGAAACACUGACAAUAUGUUUAUACCAAUUGUAAAAGGUACUAUACUUUUAUUGGCUGCCACAUCCAUGAUUGUAGGAAUUAGUGAUAUUUAUAAAUACUAUCACAAAAAAAUAAUAUUUCUAUUUAAUAAUCUAUUCAUCAUAGAAAUAAUUGUUUAUAUUCUUUUAACACUUUUUCAUUAUAAUAUACACAAUAUUUAAUAUGCAUCUAGGAUAAUUUUUUUUUAAUGUGGCAGUCAAAUAUUUAUGUAUUGGUGCUUAAAUCAUAGCUUUUGUGCAAUAUUUGUUGCUAAUAAUUUAAAUAAGAGUCUAGUCAGUAUAAAGUAUUUUGUCAUAUUUAUUACAACAAAUGAAACAUGUAGUUUAUAUAUUCUUUGUGUGUUAGUGUUAUCAUGUAUUUUUGAUGUUUAAAUGUAGCACAAAUUGAAAGUGUAUAUUUUUACUGCAGUUUUUCUGCAUAUUUUCUCUUAAAAUAAGUGUUGAGUACCAAAGAAAUUAUCAAUGUUCAUGUUAGAUAUACUUAAUUGUUGUUAAUAAGCCUUUCCCUUUGUCCAUAAAAUUAAUUGUAUUAGCAUCUGUCAGAGGUAUUCCGUACUGAUGUGUGAUUGUGAUGAACACAUGUAUACUAUACUUAAAUAAUUCAUUUUUGUAUCCUUGGACAAUAGUAUAAAUAUAAGUCUCAAAUUACAUUGUACAAUGAAGGUUGUGCUACCAUAUUUUUAGAACCUUAAGAGUUUUAACUAAUUGCUGAUUUAUUUUGAAUAUAUUCACAUAUAAAUGUUUUUAAAUAUGUUUUUAAAAACAGGCAAAACACAUCUCUUAAUGGUGUGAUAUAUUUUUAUCAUGCAAACUCACAUGGUUUGUGUUUUGUCACUUUUCAUGAUAGUAAAGAUAUAUUCAAUGUUAAGUUGAGGACAUGAAACAGUAAUUAGGUAAAGCAAUAUGUUAAAAUCUACCUCAAGCUUAGGACCUCUUCCGGAGAAAUUGAUCUAUAAUCAAACUGCAAAUAUGUAUUACAGGUUAAUGUGUGAUGACUGCCUUAACUGAUACAUGUAGUGUGAUAAAACCCCUUACAUCCAAUCAAAUGUUUCAUGUGUAGUGGUAUGUGAUACCUCUGAUGGAUGCAUAAUUAAAUUCAGUCUGUGUUGUAUGAACAUAAGUGAUAAUGUGGCCUUUAUUUAGAUAUUUAUACAAAAUAGUUACUAUCAAAAUCUUCCAUUGUUCAGUAGAGGAAAUUAUCUUAUUUAUUUAUACCAAAGAUUUGUAGUUGACUACAAAAUUUUAAUAUAAUAAUUAGGAUUGAAAUCUAUCAAAAUCACAUUGUACAUACAUACAUUUCAUAAAAUACAUCAAACCAUAAAUUUAAUAAUUUAUACACUCUAAUUCACAGAUGUUAAAACUUAAAAGUCUCUCUUUAUUCUAAAGAUAGUUAUUUUAUUUAAAACAUUAUUAUACAAAUGUUUAUGUAAUCUUUUGUCUAUUUAUGAAAAUAAAAUAUAACAUGCCUGCA